AGCAAGUUCACUUUGCAACUCCACGAAAGGCACUUCUGACGGAAUCAUGUGCUGGGCUUCCGGAUCCCUGAGCUAAGUCUGAGGGAGCUGCGGCGGAACUGUGAAACACUCCAAUUUCAGAAACACCGCCCCUAAGUCGUACAGGCUGCCCAUCACCUACUCAGCUCCGAAUGGAUGCCGCCCAACACCAGCGAGAGCGGGAUCCCGCUGGGUCGAGUCGACAGUCCGCGCCCUACGGCCACGCCUGUGCCGGCUGUGUCCGGGCCAAGUGCAAGUGCGUAGUUCGCAGCCACGGCGGCACGGACCCGCGCUGUGAGCGCUGCUGCCGCUUAGACAGGGAAUGCGUGCCCUCUCCCAAUGUCCGCAGCCAGGCUGGCAAACGCAAUCACGAGGCCGGAAAGCGGCGGGCCGUCAAGAGCAACGCGAAUGCUGGCGGCAUCAGUGGUCGCCACGGUAACUUGAGUUCCCCCGCAGAAGAUCGCAUAGACCGUACAACCCAGCUUGAACAGAAGCUCGACAGUCUCAUGGACAUGCUUGCCUCUCAGUGUCAGCAAAGGCUGUCACCGGCGGCUACGGCUGGGGCAUUCACUCCACCCUUGAGCGUCCUUACUCGGGCUCCUGAUGAUGUCCAAGGACAAGUCCCGAUCUCGACUUCGAGUUCUGUGCAACAGUCUCAGGACGCUGGUUACCUUUCCCAGUUCCGAAGUUUCUUUCUCCAGGCCUGCCCAUUCAUCUACCUUGCGCCUGAGACGACUGUGGCCGAAUUGCAACAAAAGCGGCCGUUCUUGUGGCUGAACAUAAAAUCCGUCUGCUGCAAGUCUACGCGCGAGCAAAUUGCCCUUGAUCAUGAGAUACGUGCCAUUCUUGCACAGAAGAUCAUCGUCGAAAUGGAGAGAAACCUAGAUCUCCUGCAAGGCUUGCUUGUGUUUCUCACAUGGACAGUUAGGAGAUUCAGGGAUAAGCCGUUUCUUUGCGUUUACUCGGGCAUCGCGGCCUCGAUGGUGUCAGAUCUUCGACUGGACAGGCUCAUGCAUGAGCCCGUGAAUCGAGAAACAAAUUCAUCCCACGCAUUUGCGCAGCCAUUUCAUGUACGCCCGCAGCUGCCUCAUUUGGAGAGAACGAACGAGGAGCGGCGCACCGUCCUCGGGUGUUACAUUCAUUGUGCAAGUCUCCAUCUAUUUCUGAGAUCGCCACCCAUGAGAUGGACAUCUCACAUGGACGAGUGCCUGCAACAUCUUGCGGACAAACCGGAGGUCCCGGCCGACGCGGUGCUCGUCACGAUCGUCAAACUCAACAGGGUUCUGGAAAACCUGGUUCCUGCAACCGCAUGGCGCUUCGACCUCGAGGAGCCAGAUCAAUCAGAACUGCCUUCUCCCAUGCUCUAUGUCCGGUCCAUGAUUUCAAAUCUUAAGGCAAUACGCGACGAGUCUCGGGCCAAAACACCUGGAAACAGGUAUCUACAAGCCUAUCUCGCCCACGCAGAAGUCCUUGUCAACGACCUGCCCCUGCACAGCAUAUUCGCACCCCGUUCUCGUGGCACAAAGAUGGACAUGGACAGAAUCUCCUGCCUCCACGCAUGCCUCCAAGGGAUGAGAAGCUUCUUUGACUCGAUGUUCACAUUAACGCCUGAGGAGUUCUUCGGCAGCCCUUCGUUCUUGGGUAUUGGUUACACCCGUGUUCUCCACAUUCUAUACCGCCUGUCGUGUACAGAAGACCCCUCAUGGGACAGAAGUAUGAUUAGGGAGACUAUUGAUGUCAUCAAAGAGCUCGAGGCAGGCGCGGACCUGUUUGCCGCCAUUCCUGCAGCACUUGGCCUCGAGCUGGUUGAGAACGAUACUUUUUCGAGGACUGCACCAAUGCUUCGCGCAUGUAGCUUGCUGUGGCAGCGUAACCUGAUGGCGGCUGAGGGUAACGGGGACCUAUGCUCUGCCCAUAGAACCCUUCACCGUACUCAGCAACGAUGGAGCCCAGCUGAGCAUGCUGGUGGCCAGACUUGCAGUACAAGCGACAGCACUAGUCGGCGGGAUGUUGAGGUAGACAUUACCCCCGUGGUUGGCCCAGAACAACCCAUCUCAAACCAGUCGCUCCAUGAUGAUACCAUGUUCGCGGAUCUUCUAAACGAAGACUGGCAGAUGGAUUCAUCAAUGAUGUGGUUCUUCAACGGGUUCCCAACCUGAGCGUUCGUGUAGCUAGACGUGGGCACGUAUGUGCAAGUCUGAGGACGCAUCCUCAGUAGCAAUCACAAUGAUUGAGAACGACUUCAGUGCAUACUAUCU